AUACAGUAUGUUCUCUCAAGCUUGUGCCUGGCUACCCAGUAAGUACUCACCUUUUUAUUAAUCCAAAUUACCCACCGAUCAAAUACAAACCGAAUACAAUCACUGAAUAGUUAAAUAGAUAUGUGCUUGAGGCUUCUGAUGUGGAGCGCUGCGUUUUCUGUUCUUACCUGUCCGAGCUCCGCCUAAUCCAUGGAUGUUUCUUCUUCUGCAGAGUAAUUCCGGAAUCUAAAGAUUAAACAAAGUCAUGGGUAGCAGCAGGCAGCAGCUGAAAAGGGGGAAUUCUCAAUUCUGUGAUUACAAAAUUAAGGGGCAAGAGUUGUUGGCAGACACUCAUUUUUGGUGUCCCCUCUAAGAUUAGAUCCUAGAUCCACCCCUGCUCCAAACCAUGAGAUGCUUCUUGACUUGGAGAAAUAUGAAUGAAAUUUCUCAAGGGAAGAAGUCGGCAGCAGAUGAUUCAAGAGAAUAAAUGAACAAUAAUGUUCUCAUGUUUUCACGCUAAAAACUGUCGUGGAGUGCGACCCUAAGUCGAAGUUACUUGACAUAUGUGGAUUUUCCAAGAGAUCAGACCUUUCAUGAAUCAUGCAUUUUGUUUUUGGUAUUUUUCAUGCUAAUUGUUAUUUCAAAUAUGGUGCCUACAAAGUAAUUACUUUCAAAUUAAGCAGCUUAGACUCUUUGCUGUGACAACCUCGUCUUCUUUUUGAUCAUAUGCUGCCUCAUCUUGACCUCCCUAUAUAAUGAUCUGCCAUUGUUAGCUUCUUUUCUCACAUAUACAUCAAGUCACAUUUGGCAAGUUAAACAAUGGCAUUUAGAGGAUUGAUGCGUUCUUUCUUUAUUUUGAGAAGGCAGCUACAUGUUAUCUCAAGAUCAUCCACCACAAUUAAACCAGCUUCUCCAACCCCCUCGAACCUCAAACGAUACAACAUUCCUUUACAUGAUCUCAUGGUUCCAGAGGUUUAUAUCCCUUUCGUUUACUUCUAUCCAAGCCACAACUCUGACCAUAGUCAAAAAUUGAUCCCUGAUAGUUCAUCAUUAUCAUAUCAGCUGAAAAAGUCCUUAUCAGAGACACUGUCUAAGUAUUACCCUUUUGCCGGGAGGCUGUGUUCUGGAACCUACGUUGAUUGUAACGAUGAAGGUGUUCAAUUUGUUGAAGCGCGGAUAGGAUGCAAGUUGGGGGAAGUUGUGCAGAAAGCUCCUGUCAGGGAAGAAGAAGAAGGUUUAGGCCAUCUAUUUCCGCCUUGCACAAUUUGGAAUCGAGUUACUGAAAUGCAUUCUGGUAUUCUGAUGCAUGUUCAACUUAGCCAUUUUACUUGCGGUGGAAUAGCCAUUGCUGUUACCCUGCAUCACCAUCUAGGCGACGCUCUUACUAUCUUGUCGUUCCUAAGGUAUUGGGCAAAUUUGUCACUCCACUCGCGUGACCACCAGAAACUGUUACAUCUUGUUCCGCAAUUGGUAUAUGAGCUGAUGCCUCCGUGUGAUCAUGGUGAUUCCAUUAUAGAUUUUCCCUUGGCAGAUAAGAAUUGGAUUACUAAAGAGGUAACAUUUCCCAACACGAACUUAGCUAAACUAAAGGCUGUCGUGGAAAAUGAAGACAAGCUGGAUGGCGUAGUAGAAGAUCAGAAAUACACCCGUAAUGAGAUUCUAACUGCUCUGCUUUAUAGAUGUUUUGUAGCAGCCGCAGCUGAAACUAAUGCAGUAGCGGAGAAUAAAUCAGUUUUGUGCAGGGCUGUAAAUGUGAGACGUAUGCUGGAUCCGCCACUGCCAGAGACAAGUGUGGGGAAUUUUAUUGUGGCGAAUUUUGUUCCAACAAGCACGGAGAGUGAAACAAAGUACAGAACUUUGGUUGCACAAAUGAGGAAACAGACGAGGCAGCUUAAAGGGCUAAAAAAAUUGGAUGCACAUGAAGUGGCACCGAUAGUACUUGAGUUCACUAAGAAAAACUACAAGUUUUACUCUAUGAGCAGUAUCUGUGGUUUCCCGGUAUAUGAGGCGAUGGAUUUCGGGUGGGGAAAGCCGAUUAAGGCCACCAUUGUGGACGCGUUCACGUUCAAUGCUGUUAAUAUGAUGGAUACUGCAGAUGAUGGUGUAAGAUGUCUUGUGGCUUUAGGAGAGCAAGACAUGAAAAAUUUUCUAGUGCAGAAAGAGCUGCUUGAUUAUGCUUCUUUAAAAUAGUCUGUUGAUGCACCAUUAGUCUCAAAUGAAUAAAAGAGCUAUUUGGUUGUGUUUCUUUUCAUGAUUGGGCUAAGAAUUUGUUUUGCUAAGAAUUUUGUUUGUGCAAAUCACUACUAACAUUUGAGAAAUUCUUUAUAUUUCAUUUCAAAUUUUGGAUUUUAAA